AUGGUGAAGAAGAAUCUCUCAAUAUUUCUUGUUACUUUGCUAGCGGUUGCUCUAUGUUCUUCUUCCAACGGAAACCCUACAAUGCGUGGCAGGAAAUUGCGUGGCUGGUGUGUGGCUGAUACAGGCGCACCACACGACAAGUUGCAAGAAUUUCUAGACUACGGGUGUCAUGAAUUCGACUGCAGCCAGAUCUUGCCUGGUGGACCGUGUUAUGAACCUAAUCUUUUACUGGCACACGGAUCUUGGAUCCUCGAUAAAUUUUACAGAACCGGUGCCUUUUGCAAAGAAGGACUUGGCUUCAUUACUGAAACUAAUCCUUCAUAUGGAGAUUGCCAGUAUCCGUGA